GGCAGUACAUCUAGAUCCUUGAUCACCAAGUUUACAUCGAACAUAUUCAUGAAACCAAAGCUGCAGGUAAGAAAACUGCAGCCUUGAUCAUUAUGAUUAUCUGAGGUUAACUUCCAACACAAAAGUCUUGAUGGUGUUAAUGGAGGAGGCGUUCGAGUCAUGAUUUUCUGAAAUAACCUUUAUGAUUAUAUAAAGUGAGGAGGUAUUCUGGUCAUGAUUUUAACUUGUACUAUUGUAUUAUCUUUUUAGUGAAAUCUUGUUGGUUUCAUACCUUUAAAGCUAACCGGUCAUGCUAAUAUAAUCCAACCUAAAACAAGAGAAAAAGAACCAUUAUUCUAAGCAAAAAGAUCGAGCAAAAGAAGAGAGGUAGGAAAGAGAGAGCUCUGCACAUUAAUUUGAGGGGAAAAAAAAAGGGUGUCACAGCGAUGGCAACGCCAAAACAGAUGUUGGAGCAGCAGCAAUCACAAAUGCAACAGCUGGUGAUCAAGAAUUCGGGAAUUAUGAUGAGUGGGAGCCCGACAAAGGAGCUGAUCGACAAGGAAGAAGACAUGUCAAAGUCGGUGCUGGUUAUGUUCCGCGCAAAGGAAGAAGAAAUUCAGAGGAAGAAGAUGGAGGUUAGGGACAAGGUUCACACCCAGUUGGGCCGCGUCGAAGAAGCAACAAAGCGACUCGCAGAGAUUCGGGAAGAGCUUGAGGGUCUCACAGAUCCAAUGAGGAAGGAAGUCGGUCUGAUUCGCAAGAGGAUAGAUGUAGUUAACAAAGAGUUAAAGCCACUGGGGCAGAACUGCCAAAAGAAGGAGAGAGAAUACAGGGAAGCCCUUGAGGCUUUCAAUGAGAAAAACAAGGAAAAAUCUCAACUAGUUACCAAAUUAAUGGAGAUGGUGAGUGAAAGUGAGAAAGUGAGGCUGAGGAAGCUGGAGGAGCUCAGCAAAAAUGUGGAUACCCUGAAAUAAGAUGCAUGCAUGUAUGCAUGCAUGCGUUUAUCAAAGAAAACUAGAUGAUCAUCAUCAUCCAUGGGUAUUCGUGUGCUGUAAUUAGAUAGCUAGCACAGUACGUACGUAUACGUAGCUUAAUUUUUCUUGAAUUUUUGGUAUAUCUUUUAAUUUCUCUCUAAUUAAUUACUGGUUUUUCCUUGGAAGGUUUUCUCCUUUCAACAUUA